AUGCACCUUGUCUGGGAGAAUCUUGUUAAAAACCUUCUCAAACUUUGGUCGACCGAUUUCAAGGGCUUGGACCCCGGGCAAGAGGACUACAAAUUUUCAAAAACUGUAUGGGAAGCAAUCGGUGUAGCUACUGCAGCCUCAGGAUCCACAAUUCCAUCUGCAUAUGGUGUGCGCGUACCUGACAUUUCCGGUGAUGGUGAAUAUAUGUCUGCCGAAAUGCUUUCAUUUUGGACUCUGUAUCUCGGGCCAGUUCUUCUUCGCAAUCGUUUCAGUGAUGAAUCCUACUAUAAUCAUUUCAUUGAAUUGGUGCGAUUGCUUAAUCUGUGUCUACAAUUUGAGAUUACAGAUAUAGAGCUGGAGGACAUCCGUACGGGGUUCAUUCGAUGGGUCGAUGAAUAUGAAAGGAUAUACUACCAGUUUGAUCCCCAGCGCAUUGCUCUGUGUCCAUUGACUAUUCAUGCUCUUCUCCACAUUGCGCCAAGUAUCAAAGCGAGUGGACCAGUUUGGUGCUACUGGGCAUUUCCAAUGGAACGCUACUGUGGUAAACUCGGACCUACAAUCCGCAGUCGGCGCUUUCCAUUUGCAGCUCUUGCCCGGCAAGUAUUGGAAGAGGCCCGAUUGGCCCAAAUCAGCAUUUUCUACAAUGUCCAUGAGCUCCUUUCAUUAACCCCUCCUCUGCAAGGUGCUGUCCAAGGAUCAUUCACUGACCCCGCAUAUCCCAGUUGUCGUUUACUUCCUCCCCGUAAUCCCAAGUCACCUGAGCUCUCCCAGCUAACAUCUUUGGUUGGAGCAAUGGUUACCCGAUUCAGUAGCAAUACUCAUCGUGUAACACCUGGUCUUGUCAGGGAAUGUCUCUCCGGAGCAGAUAUUCAAGACUGGGGGAAAGUGCAGCGUACUGACUCCGAUGCAGGUGAUACAAUGAGAGCUGCCGCUGUUGGUAAGCUCCGUGAAGAUCAUCGGGAUGCAUCAUUUGUCCGUUAUGAGAUGUAUAUUGACAAAUAUGCAAACCGUCGUAAUAUUGAGCCCGAAUUCUCACUGGAGACAUUCUAUGGCCAGCUUCAGCACAUAUAUGUUGUGCGUUUCACUAAUCCAUGUCCCGCGUUACAAAUUUCUUCACCAAGAACACUGAUCAUGGCUCAAAUCAAAUCAUGCAAACUUACCGACUCACAAGUUUCCGGACUUGACAUUCAUUUCUAUCAUGGCAUGGGUAGUACCCAUGUUAUAGAUAUCACCAGUCUUCAGUGCGUAGUGGGACGUGUACCAUGUGGGUCAGGGGACUGGGCUAUUAUUGACCGAAGUGGAUCUUUGGCUCGAGCUGGGUAUCUCGAGGUUGAGGAUGGGUAAUCUGGUACCAGUAUUUAUUUGACUUCAUG